GUGUGAGUCAUGGUGGAAAAUUCGAGGCAAGCGUACCGAUGCGCAAAGAACAAGCAUAAGCGAAGAAGAUAAAGAUAUCGAUUAAAAUUUCUGCUACAAAAAUAAAUAUAUAUGUAACGCAUAUUGUAAAUGUCCUAAGUUAAGUGAUAUAAAUCAAAUAUUUGUGUAACGUUUAAUAUUUUAAUACGCGUCGAAGUACAACGAGUGAGGCUACAGAAAAGCACACGGAAAAAACGGAGUACUUGGCGAGCGAAAAAAUAACGGAAAUAAAAAUUCGAAAUAAACGCUGCGCAAUAGACGGUGGUGUACAUAAGAGUUUAAACAAAAUCCGAAUCAGAAUCAGUUGAAAGUGUGAUUUUUUUGAGCCUUUGUCUGUAAGUGAAGAGAAAGCUUUAAGCGGAAUUACAUCUAUAUAUAUAUAAAUAUAUAAAUACGAAGCCAGCCCGUCGCCAUUUUGAAAGUGAUUUUACAAUACACACACACAUAUAUAUACACAGCUGCGAACACAUACACACAUAAUAAACCCCAUCUAAAGUCCGAAAAAACCAACAAAAAACAAACCAAACCAAUUUUCCGCAACAUUUUAAAGUGAAUAAAGCUAAAUCAAGGAAACUUUUAAAACAAACUCAACCCAUUUUGUAUAUAACGCUUGUCGAAAAAUCGGAAUCUGUAUAACGAAGUGGCUGAGAAAACUGCGACACACACACAAACGCACACUCGUUAGUGUGAGAAGGUCUACGGCAAAAAAGAUCAGCACGGCUUGUAAUGCAAGAGGAGCAGUUGAAUCAGCGGAGAACAGAGAAGAGUUUGCGAAAUUAUAGCUAAGAAUAGCUUAAACAGAGUAAAAGAGAUAAAUCAACAGACUGAUAAUCAAUACAUAACGUUACAAGUAAAACUAAAUAAAGUAAACAGCAGCUGUACAUAAACAUAAACGCGAGAACCAGGAGAAGUGGAAAAGCAGCUACGUGCCCAGCCGCCCGUCGCCCUUUUCGUUUUAAUUUUUGGAAGAGGGCAUCUCUCAUCUUCGGCGAUUAUCAGCAACCAAAGAAAACAGAGCGGCGCAGCUAGAUCAACAUCAUCUCAAUAGCGGCAGCAGAAGGAGUUUGGUUUCGAUUUAUAAAGAAUUGAUUUAAGUGCGUGUGAUAUUUAACGUUAAGCAUUAAUUUAGCGAAAUAACCAAAAACAAAAAAGGCAAAACAGCAGAAAUUUUAAUAAGAGGAAAGUGAUCAAGAGAGAGAGAGAAGAGUAAGAGAGAUCGAUUCAGAGAUCGGAAAGCGAAGAAAUUACUAUGACAUACUCGCACAAUAGCGUUAGGAAUAACAUCAGAAUGACAACCGCAUCGGCCACCAAGUCCAUACGAUUAAAAAAGGGAGCCUCAUCAGGGACCUCCGCAUCCAACUCAUCCACCCCCUCGCCCACAUCCCCACCCGUGUCCCCUACAUCCGUAUCAGCAUCCGCACCAGCAACGCCCUUGGUAACUGCACAUUCCAACAGUAUUGCCAGCAGUACAAAUAACACCCACUUCCUGAGCUCCUCGCCCACGAGUCUGGGUCUUGGCCUGGGACUUUCCUCCUUGGCCACGCCCCCCAACCAGAGGCAGCGGCAACUCCAGUCCCAAUCCCAGUCGACCGGAUCCAAGGGCAAGCAGCAGCAGCAGCGCCAGUCGCCGCAGCAGCAGGGAGGCGGUGGCUUCUUCUUUGCCAACAACAACCGACGAAACGGAGGAGGACGUUCGCCCCAGGGAGCGAUUCAGGUGCGCCAGUCACCGGCCACCAUUUUGGGUGGAGGCUUUUCGCCGGGAAUCGCCGGAGGAUCGGCUCGCAAGCAGAGGAAGAGUCCUCCAUUGGGUGGCAAGAUUUCGCCCCAGCAGCAGAUGCAAAUGCAGCAGCAGCACCCACUCAUACCCACCGCACUGACGCAUUUCGCGGGCAGCAAGUGCUUCGAUGCACCAGCUCCAACGGCGCUGCCCAAGCCGCCCCAGCACUGGACGCUAACCAGGUCGGAGGGAAAGUUUCCCAUGGCGAUGCCGUCGAUGCCCAAGUUCCAGGUGCCGAUGCAGACUGGCCGCUCGAAGCGGAACCUCCUCGAUGACUUCGACACGCACAACCUGAAGCUGCUGCUCAAUGUGCAGUCGUAACACCACUGGUGCUGGAGGAUCAGUGUCUGGAGCAGCGAAGCAGGAACAGGAUCUGGAGCAGGAUCUGGAUCUAGAGCUGGAUCUGAGGAUGGAUCCGGAGGACCGACUUGAAUGGCUUGAACACCCGGUGGACCCCGAACCCGUCAAUGAGUUGCGAAAAAAAAAUCGAAAUGAAAAUAAAACAAACAAAAAAAAUUAACAAAAAUAUAAAACAAAAAAUGCAAAAUGAAAAAACCUUUACAAAAAAAGCGAAAACAUUUCAACUGGAAAAUUGAACUUUUUUAAACAAAAAAAAAAAAAAAAACAAGAGUAAUGUUUGUGAUCUCAAGUGUGUAUCAUGAAACAAUAAAACCAAUUUGAGAAGCUAUAAAGAGAAAAGCGAAAACUGUUUCAAGGAAAACUGAAAGUAAACAAAAUACAAAUACACAAACAACUGUCCUCACACAACCGACCGACAAAAACAACAUCAACAACGACAAAGAGAACAAAUAAACACAGCAAAAAAGAUGCAAAAUUCCCCGCUAUAUAGAACAAUAACCCCCCUUAUACUCCACCACUGUCAACUUCAAUGCGCAAACUUUAUAGAGAAAGCCAAUCGACAAGCUGCAACCAGUACAACAACUACAACAACAGCAAACGGAAGCCUGGCUAAAGUCUAAGAGAAACCAAAUCGAAAGAGAGGACAAAGGAGGAGGAAAGCCGAAGAGGAAGGAGAACUUUAUAUGUCUAACAACGGAUACUUCACAACUGAACAUUGUUUUAAACGUGAUACGCAAAUAGACUUGAAAAUUAAUUAAUAAGUAAAAUUAUAAAUAUAAUAAUAUUUAUGAGUAAUUCAAAAAUAUGGACGCUAGAAGCGCAACAUAACGUACAGUUUAUGUUUAUCCCCCGAAAAGCGGACAAAAUGUGCAACGUACCUUAAAUGUUGAUAAAGAAUAAAGAAUAAAUGCAGAAGGCAGAGCAAAAGCAAAAGCUAACAGAGUAUAUUCAAGAGACACGAUAAUAUCUAAAUAACUAAAUAAUAAUAAUAAUAAUAAUACAACUACUAUAAAUCGUAUACCCACCAAAUCACAAAGACUAAUUCAAAAACAAAAACUCAACGACAAAAACUCAACGCAGCCGCCGCAGCAGAGCUACAGCAGCCAGAGCCGCAGCGCAAAAUGCAUUCAACUUGCCUAUGAAAGAACAUCUAUAACAACUCUCCUCUACCUUAAGAUAUAUUGAUCCACUAUUGUAUUGUAAUUUUUGACCUACCUAGAUACUUCCAUUACUUUUAGUUUUACGUCGCGAUAGAGAAGCAAUUGCCCAAAAAAUACUGAGCUACAUAUGCGAACAUGUGUAAUUAUUCUUAAACUGUAAUUGCGAAAUGGCUUUAAAAAAUUCUAAUUUAAACAUUCUUGAAUUGUACAUAGAAGAAGAAGGAGAACAACGCUAAAAUGUUCAAAUAAAAUUUUCUAAAAACGAUAAA